AUGGGCUCACUUCAAGAUCAAGUCGUCAUCAUCACUGGUGCCUCCUCUGGAAUAGGGCUGACCACGACACUUGCUGCACUGAGUGAGGGUGCCCAGGUCCUAGGGGUGGAUAUUUCCUCGCCACCGACAUCACUUGAAGGGCAUCCCAAGUUUGCUUUCUGCCAGGGAAAUCUAAUUGAUCCUUGCACGCCACAGAAGGUAGUAUCGGCAUGUAACGAGGCCUAUGGGGGGAGAAUUGAUGCACUCUUGAACAUUGCUGGUGUCAUGGAUCACAACCAAAGCGCGGAUUCAGUCGUGGACAGCGUGUGGGAUCGAUGCAUCGCUGUUAAUCUCACUGCACCUGUUAGGCUGAUGCGUGAGAUUCUCCCCAUAAUGCGCGAGCAAAAGUCUGGCAGCAUUGUGAAUGUUGCCAGCAAGGCUGCCUUGAGCGGCGCGGUCUCUGGUGUAGCCUAUACGGCGAGCAAACACGGUCUCAUUGGGGUGACCAAGAAUGUAGCUUGGCGUUUCAAGCAUGAAGGCAUUCGUUGCAAUGCGAUAUGUCCCGGUGGUGUCAGCAAUGAUACAGGCAUUCUUAAGGAUCUGGAUGUUAGCGCGUUUGACAGGGAUGCCCUUGCUGUCAUGUCGCCAAUACACGCGGUGCAUUCAUCGGACAAGGAGAAAGGAUACGCUAUCACGCCAGAAGACAUUGCUAGUUCUCUGUUGUUCCUGAUUUCUUCGGCUAGUCGGAGAAUCAAUGGCGCAGUGAUCCCCAUUGAUAAUGCCUGGUCGACAAUCUAA